AUGGACUCACAAAAUCCCUUCUUCCUUGACAUUUUACAAGACAAGGAACAAGGUUUUGAGUCUUUUGAUAGUAGUAUUUUGAUGUCUACUCCGCAUUUAGACGUGAAUGUCCAUCAAUCUCCACCCAAAGUUGAAAUGGGACAAUCUACACCCCCAAUUGCAAAAAAAUCAACUACUAAGAGAAGUCAACGGGAAAACAACUUCACGGUAGAUGAAGACAUUAAGCUAGUAUCGGCGUGGCUUAAUGUUAGCUUAGAUGCCAUGAUAUCGACGGACCAAAAACACACAACAUUUUGGGAUAGAAUUUGGUCCACCUUCCACAAUGACAAGAAAUUUAACCGCUCCAAGGAUUCUUUAUGUAGUCGGUGGUCAACAAUUCAAAGGGAGACCAACAAGUUUUGUGGAUACUUGGCCCAAAUUGAGAACCGGAAUGAAAGUGAUAAAACUGAGCAUGACAAGAUUGAAGAUGCAAAAACUAUGUAUAAAGAAAAUAGCAAAAAUGCAUUUCAAUUGGAACAUUAUUGGAGAAUUUUGAGGAAUGAAGCUAAGUGGUUGAUUCAAAGAGAUAAUUUGAAGAUCCGCCCUAGACAACCAACCACACAAUCUUGUAAUACUUUUGCAAGCUCAAUAAAUUUGGAUGAAGAUAAUAAUGAGAUGAACUCUGGCGAAACCUUGGAGAGACCCAUAGGCAAGAAGGCCGAGAAGGAGAAAUUAAAGAAAAGAAAGAAUUGUGAUGACGUGGUCCCAAUACUUUCCUCCCAAUUGGACAAAAUCAAGGAAGAAAAAAGGAGAAUGCAUGAGGAGAAAAAGGAAAGUAUGCGCAUUGCAUUAGAAGAACGAAGAGAGUUCAUGCGCAUUGCAUCCGAAGAACGAAGAGAGUUGAUUCGUAUCAAAGAAGACAAGAAUGAAGUAGAAAAGAGGAAAGCGGAAGAUGAAAUUAUGAUGAAAGAUACAAGAACCAUGGAUCUUGAGCAAAAAGAAUACAUUCGCCUACGUCGUUUGGAAAUCUUGGAGAGGUUUAAGUCUAAAUUUCCAUCAUCAUCAUCAUUUGCUGUGAUGUCUCCUUCUGUAAGCCUGUACUGUUUUCUCUCAAUGACUGAAGCUGGUGGAAAAAUAUUGCUGUCAUGCUGUGUUGGAAUUGGUUGUCAUAAGUAG